CUCCUCUGACUUGCUAUUUUUUCGCUCCCCCUUUCUCAUCCACAGACAGACCCCCAAACAUUUUUUUCUUUCUUCUUCGUUUGCUCUUUUCCUUCUUCGGGCGAAACAGGACCGUCAAAUACUCUGGCCGAGUAGGUUGAUUUACGACGUCGUUUUUCUUCGAAUUGUUCCUUUUUGUUUUGUCCGGCGAGAUCUUACAAUCCGAGAAGCUAUGACGUUGACUGCGAAUGUUAAGGGUGCCAAUAGAGUUGAAGAAGACACUGAAGAUAAGCAGCAGAUACAAAAACUCAGUGACCAAGUUUUUGACUAUGCACCCAAGGUACGGAAGCCAUACACCAUAACUAAAGAAAGAGAGAGAUGGACUGAUGAAGAACACGAAAAGUUUGUUGAGGCCUUGAAACUAUAUGGGCGAGCAUGGAGAAAAAUACAAGAGCAUGUGGGCACAAAGACUGCAGUUCAGAUUCGAAGCCAUGCUCAGAAGUUUUUCUCUAAGGUUGCCCGAGAAGCAUCUGGAGGUAAUGGGAACUCGUUGGAGCCAGUUGUGAUACCGCCUCCUCGUCCCAAGAGGAAACCAAUGCAUCCUUACCCACGUAAGCUGGGGAACGAGGGAGAUCAAACACGUAGAUCGGUUUCUCCUUCAGAACGAGACAACAGAUCUCCAACAUCCGUCUUGUCCUUGUCCACUACUGGAUCAGAAGCCAUGGGUUCCUCGGAUUCAUAUUCACACAAUCGAAGCUUGUCCCCUGUUUCCUCUGCAUCACCUCAGGCUGCUCAGGCAACUACUGCGCCUGAAGAGCUUGAGCCUCUGAAGCUGGAGUUGUUUCCAUCAGAGAGACUGUUUAAGAGAGAGAGCUCGAUCAAGGAACCGACGAAGCAAAGCCUCAAACUCUUCGGGAAGACAGUUUUGGUAUCUGAUCUAGACAUGUCCUCUUCUCUGACAACUUCAACAACUUACUGCAAGUUACCGAUUCAGCCAUUACCACGAAAACUCUCCAUGGUAACUAUCCCUCAGGAAGAACUCUUGAGCUGUUGGAUACAAGUCCCUCCUAAGAAAGAAGAGUUGGAAAAUAGAUGCUUAGAUUCAGAAAAGGGCGUUCAAAAUGAAGGAUCAUCGACUGGAUCAAACACUGGUUCGCUGGAUGAUACAGGACACACGGAGAAGAGCUCGGAACCCGAAACAAUGGUAUGCCAAAGGGAGUUUAAACCUAGCGAGAGGUCUGCAUUUUCUGAGCUCAGAAGAGCAAACUCUGAGUCGAACUCGAGAGGAUUUGGUCCCUACAAGAAGAGAAAGAUGGGUACAGAAGCAGAGGAAGAACAAGACCAACAAGAGAUUCGCCUCUGCUUAUAACUAGGACAUUUCUCAGGUAAAGUUCCGUAGUCAUUCAACUUCUUAAUGUUCAUCAAAGUGUUCCCUUUUUCAUAGUUUUCUUCGAGCUGUUUGUUGUUUAGGCUAAAGUUUCUGCAUAAUUUUGUAACUGUAAAACACUUGUAAGAUUUGUUUUUGUUUGUUUUAAUUUAAAUAGUGAUUAUGAGCUC